AUGGGGGGUUGGCAUAUGAGGGUUGAGGGGGGUUGGGAAAUAUUUUUCAACCCCUCAAAACCUUUAAAAAAAAUUUGCCAAACAGGGGUUGAAAUUUUACAACCAUUCCCUUCCCUUCCUUUCCUAUCUCAACCCCUAAUCCAAACAAUACGUAAUUGUUAGCAGAGUUAGCAGAGUUAAUUAUGUUAAUAAACAGCCCACUGGCUGGCAGAGGGAGGGUCGAGGUUCGCUGUAUAAAUGUGUGGAAAGUUAGAUGUUGAGAGUUGACUUAAAAAGGGAUUGGGUAAAGACUUGCGGUGGUUGUAGAUAUGGCCUGCUACUCUUCGUCGGGGCGGUGUGCGGUGAUCUUCAUCAGUGAUGGAAGGACGAUUACUCGAAAUCGGUUCUCAAGUUAUAUAUUCAAUGGAUUAAGAACGGAAGGAGAGAAAUUGCAGAGAGAAAGAGGAAUAGAAAUGAUAUGUUUUAACGAGGAUACUGUUAGGAGAGGUGUUCCUCUUACAGCAGAAAUCGAGAAAACUAUACAAAAUUCAUGGAUAGCACUUGUCAUCGCCUCCGAUGCAUACGCCACCGUAGAUUGUUUGAAUCAGCUGCUAUGGAUUCUCAAACGCAAGGCAGAGCAGCAGGACGCCUAUUUGGUUCUGCCCAUAUUUUAUCACAUCGGCACAGAUGAAGUCCAGUUCCAGACUGACAAUUUUGCCAAAGCAUUUGUUCAUCUCACCUUGAAAUACGGGGAGCCCAAGGCAAAGGAGUGGAGGCUUGGUCUAGCUGAACUGGUGAAAUUGGGGGGGCAUGUGGUCACGCCUAACAAGCCCGAAGCUCUGAUAGUUACUACCAUUGUGGGAAACGUUAGGAAUCAUGUGGAGUGGCUUUGUGCUAAACGAAUUAUUCAAGCAACUUUAUAUGAGAAGUCAUUGGGAGUUGCGGCAUGUUUGGCAGAAACGACUAAGAAAUAUGGGGAAUCUGUAAGUCGUUGGAAUGGAAGCCCUUCGAAUACUGGGUGUGUGCGAAUUUCAGUUGAAGAAGACGAGGCACAACCAGAGAAAAAAUGUGAUGGAAUAAUAGUUGGUCGCUCUCAGUCUUGUUUUGCUGCUGAAGAAGAAUGCGUCCGUCGUCCUGCCUUCAUGGCUUUGCUUGAGAAACUAGUCGGUGGAGAUUCAAGUAGUCGCGGAAUUGAUAGUGAUAGAUUUGAGAGUGUAACACAUUCAUCCGAACAGAGGAUUUCUAAAAGAUCUGUUCAAGAAGCACUGCUAGCUCUGAAAUCAUUGUUCUCUGAGGAUCCUGAGAUUGUUAGUCAAAAGCUGGGGGAUUGUAAGGGCAGUUUCCAGAUUUUGAAGAGCUUGACUGAAAAGGAUGGACUUAAUACGAUGGGGAUGAUGAUGCUGCCAAAUCUGGAACAGGAAUCAGCUGCCGUUAUACAGAAGAGGCUCAGCGGUGCUCAAGGGAGGAAGGAAGUCGACCUAAAGAUCCACAAACAACAUCAACUUUCAGUUGAAGUUGAGGAAUUAUUAGAGGAGUACAACAAGGUGGAGAAAACCAUGAACUCAAACAGUGACAAGGCCAGGCAGCUUGAGAGCCAAAUAAGUAGGCUUCAAGCUCAAUUGGUUGUUGUACAGGGAAAGCACGAGGAAGACACCCGAUGCUUCCAUGAUUUGACUGCUGAAUUGAAGUCGCGUUAUGAGGAACUUAAGAACUUGAAAAAUGCCAACUUAGUUAAGCAGAAGUCUGACAUUGAAGAGUUUGAGAAACAUGCUUGCAAAGAGUGGGAAAUGAUUGAGAAUGUGAUUGAUGAAGCCAUCCCCAAAUUUUGCACCACCAACAGCUGAGCUAUGUGAAUCCUUACAAACAGUAGUUGCAUUUGUUUAAUAGUCUUGUGGAGCUUCUUCAACUCAUAUUUUUCUUCUUGAAUUACCUCCUUAUUUCAACGAACAUAUUACAGAUUUUUCGGUGGGAUUAUCAAAAAAUGUUCGUGCUAAAAUUAAUUGGUGCUUCUAUUUUCAACUAAA